AUGACUCCAAAUAAAAAAAAACUCAAAAAUUACGAAUCUCACAAAUCUUUCCAAGCUCGGGAAAAUCGCGAAAGCCAUCGUUUGCGUAAGGUUCACAAUUUUCACCUGAAUGAUAAUGAAAUUUUGAGUCCUACGAAAGGAGGCAUAAAGUUAGAUGUGAACAAACUCAGCAUCCUCAGUUUUCCCGGCACACCACGGAAGGAGCAACACCAAAAGAACAAGCAACGCCGCAUCCCCGAUUAUGAACAAAUUCAAAAUAACACUCUAGACUUUUACAUUCCCUUAAGUGAAAGAAGUGAUACGCCCAAGAAAAAUAUAAGUAGCGUCACCACGACGGAAGAAACGAAGAAGCGCAAAGUGAAACACAGCCUCGAUUCCUCCUCUUCGUCCUUUUUGUCCUCCCCCGAUUCAUCCUAUUCAAGCGUAUCGGAUAGUGGUUCCUCCGCACAUAGUCCACGUGUCCCUCCCCACGAACACCAGGUGUCACACGUCUUCCUCUCCUCCGACUCCUCGCCACGAAAGGGCGAACUACUUACAAGCCUAACAAAACAAAACACACAUAAACACACACAAAAUUAUGACCGCAUGAGAAGAUCUCCCAGAAAUCACAGCACAGGGAAGUUCGGCAAAAGUCAAUCCGGUAAAAGUAAACCCGGCACUGAAAAGGAUAACCACAAGAAUAAGAAUGUCGAGGGAGGGAAAGAAAACAAAACAAAGUCGAACAAAGACAAGCUGGAUGAAACCUAUAACAAUGUGCGAAUCACCAGGAGCGCAACGAGGGACAAGUCGGUGAGGAGCAAAGCGGAGAAGAAAAAGGACGAAAAGAAAGUCAUCAGUGGGACACGCUCCAGUGUGCUGCUCAAGAGAAAAAGCGAGUGCCUGUCGAAGGACUCCUACGUGUAUCGCAACUUGGUUAAGAGGGCCAAAACGGGGGUGCCCCGGGCGCGUGACCACCGCGACAGCGGCAGGGAUGAGGAGGAUGAUAGCGACAGUAGUGAUUUGAGUAGCGGCAGAUCCAGCCGCAAGCAGAAAAGGGUGAAGACGUCGACGAAGACGCAGAACAGCAACCGGCCACUUAGACACGCCGCAACCAUUAACAAGCGAAGCAGCAUGCUGCCCGUGAGCGAGCAAAAAGGUAGAGGUGCCACCGAGGCUAGAGAACAACACAAAGAAUAUACAAACGAAGAAGUUGCCAAGCUGACAAAGGGCGCUUGUAUAAAACUCGUGGAGGAAAACUCCUGCCAGUACGAAGACGGUGUGAUUUAUGAAAGUGUGUUCAUCAACCAGGUGAAGUACAGCAUUGGAGAAGACGUGAUGAUUUUUUGUAUAGCUAGCGAUGAAGGCAGCAGGGGGGUAAGCGGUAAAACUGCUCACCAGACUGGAAACAAGAAAGAGAACAAGAACUACCAAUUGAGGAAGGGAAAAAUAUCAAGCUUCUACCAAAACGACGCGAAUAAUCAGGUGGAGGUAGAAGUGUGCAUAUACAUUGACCAGCACGACGCAGCAUAUAUGAGGGAGCUGUGCGAGAAGCAAAAGUCAAGGAGGACCAAGGCAGACUUCGAAGUGUUCCUCGACGAAAAGACAAGAAAUUUUUACCUACUAGGAAAUACAGAAUUUAAAAUAGUAGAGGCAAAAAUGAUUUUUAAAAAAAUAAACGUGUAUAAUGAGAAGAGUCUUUACGAGGAGGACAAAGGGUCCAAGCAAGGAAAGGACAAAUUCCUUUGCACACACUACCUAAAAGAAAGAGAAGAAAAAAUAUGUGACGUACAGAACAGUGAGCACUGGGAUAAUUUGGUCUUAGGCUCAAGUGACCUAUACUACUCCUUUUCCAACAAUAAAAAGAAUAGCAAAAAUAAGUCGCUCAAAUGUAUUAUAAAUAAGUUGAAGGAGAAUGAAGCAGGCGGGGCGAAAGGACAACGCGGCAACUCCACAACCCAUCCUAGCAGCACUACUACCACACCUAGCAGUAGCAAAACGAGAAGCGGUAACAAAAUAGCAGCAGCCAGUACACCAAAAGAAGGUGGACAAAAGAACCCUAAAGUAGAUCUAAAAAAUUUCAUAAAACAAGACCAGGAAAAUUAUUAUGUGAAUCUACUACGCAACAUAAGAGACCCCACAGAUAAGGCCAUUAGAAUGAUGCAGCUAGAUGUAGUCCCCAAAUAUCUCCCCUGUAGAGAAAAAGAAAUAAAAGAAGUCCAUGGGUUUCUCGAGUCAGGCAUUAAACAGUCAGGCAGCAAUCAAAUUUUAUACAUCAGUGGAAUGCCAGGAACAGGGAAAACAGCAACAGUGUACAGUGUGAUUCAACUGCUUCAACAUAAGACGAAACAAAAACUGUUACCCGAUUUUAACGUGUUCGAAAUUAACGGGAUGAAUGUGGUUCACCCCAAUGCAGCCUACCAAGUGCUCUACAAGCAACUCUUCAAUAAAAAACCACCCAAUGCCUUAAACGCUUUUAAAAUGCUGGACAGACUUUUUAACCAAAAUAAAAAAGACACAAGAAAUGUGUCCAUACUUAUAAUCGAUGAGAUCGACUAUCUGAUCACGAAAACGCAAAAGGUUUUGUUUACUCUGUUUGACUGGCCCACCAAGGUAAACAGCAAAUUAGUUUUAAUAGCCAUUUCUAAUACCAUGGAUUUACCUGAACGGUUAAUACCGAGAUGUAGAUCCCGCUUAGCAUUUGGCCGAUUAGUAUUCAGUCCAUAUAAGGGAGAUGAAAUUGAAAAAAUUAUAAAAGAACGUUUAGAGAAUUGUAAAGAAAUUAUUGACCACACAGCUAUACAGCUCUGUGCAAGGAAAGUGGCCAAUGUGUCUGGGGACAUUCGAAAGGCUUUGCAGAUUUGCAGGAAGGCCUUUGAAAAUAAAAGAGGACAAAAAAUUGUACCUAGGGACAUUACUGAAGCGACUAACCAAUUGUUUGAUUCACCACUCACCAAUGCAAUUAAUUAUUUGCCAUGGCCAUUCAAAAUGUUUCUCACCUGUGUCAUCGUCGAGUUAAGAAUGCUGAAUGAUUUUAUAAUUCCUUAUAACAAGGUACUAAAUAGGUACAGAGUGUUGGUUGAAACAAGUGGAAAGUACAUAGGCAUGUGCAGCAAUUCGGAGUUGUUCAAAAUUAUGCUUGACAAACUGGUCAAAAUGGGCAUUCUACUUAUUCGUCCUUACAUACCCCUCGAAAGUUUAGUAAAAAAUAAAAAUAAAGAAACCCUUCUUGGCUUCAACGAAUCGUCUAAGAAAAAUGCUGCAGAAGGAAGCAAGUCCACCAGGACGCAAGUCAGCGCAGAAAUAGACAAGGAGGCUGGCGACAUGGGUUUGGAGCUCAACGUGGAAACGCAACUCAUCAUCACGGCCCUCAUGAAGGACGCUGAGUGUUCGCAGAAGCUCAACUUUUAUUAG